AUGGCCAGAUGUUUGCGCGUUGUGCUUGCUCUUGGCUCUCUGGCGCUUCCCCUGCCGUCUCAGACGAUUUAUGCAAGAAAGGAGAAGCUCGUAGAAAGCCGCUUCAUUGUGCGUUACCCGGAAGGGUCAGGGGAGAGGCUCAAUGAGUACGUGGCACGUUUGGAGAACAUUCCAGGCAUCCGCAGGGCUGAUGCAUUGAGACGGUUGGAUAUGGCUGUCGUGGUUUGCGAGGCAGGCGCUGACGAAGACUCUGUUUUGCAGGCCAUCGAUGCGGACAAGGAUGUGGAGCUUGCAGUUCCGGAUUCCUGGGUCUACGCGUUUGGUGCAGAUGCUCAGAUGUGCUCUGCGAACCCCGGCUGCCGCGCCUUGAACCUGCAAGGCAGCUGCUGUCCAGCCUCGGACGGUGCCAGAAUGGCAUGCUGCUUUGCGAAGCCUCAAAAGAGAUCCACCCCACAAAGCGAGAGUACAAUUUCUUUGCAAAGCGUCCACGGCGGCUACAUUACAGUGUCGCACUUCGGGCGUGUGGGUUGGCGUGGGAAGAAGACAGAUCCAGAUGCACAAAUCCAACUUGAAGCACAUCCAGAUGGUUACGUGUCACUGCGCUCCAGCCACGGAACAUACCUUGUGACAAGUCCAUCUGGACAUCUUGUGGCAUGGCAUCGCGGACAUCGAGACGCUGAUGAUUGGGAAAAGUUCAAGCUUAUUUACAACACCGAUGACACAAUUUCCCUUCGCAGCAAGGUUUCCGACAAGCAUGUCAGUCGGGACAAUUCUACGUCAGAUAUGCUUUCAGCCACAACAGACAGAGUAGAGAUAAGUGAGCGAUUUAUGGUCACCAUGACUCAUGGCAAAGAUACUCUGGUUCCCAAUGACCCGCGGCUUUCGAAGCUGUGGGCCAUCGAUCACUUCGGUGAUCGUGACAUGGAUGCAGUUGAGGCGUGGAAAAUGUCUUCGCGAUCAGUCACGGAAUCAGCACAGCCCGUCGUGGUUGCGGUCAUUGACACUGGAAUUGACUAUACACAUCCGGAUUUGCAGGAGUCCAUGUGGGUCAAUCCAAACGAAAUUGCUGGCAAUGGUAUUGACGACGAUGGAAACGGCAUUGUGGAUGAUGUACACGGGGCAGACUUUGCAAACAACGAUGGGGAUCCCAUGGAUGACCAGAUGCAUGGAACCCAUUGCGCGGGCACCAUUGCUGCCACUGGAAACAACAGCAUUGGAAUUGCCGGAGUUGCGUGGCAGGGCGUCCGUCUCAUGGCUUUAAAGUUCUUAACAUCAACAGGCGGAGGCCGCACCUCCGAUGCUGUGAAGUCUUUGAACUAUGCAGUUGCCAUGGGCGCCCAGAUCCUGAGCAACUCUUGGGGUGGUAGCGGCUCAUCUUCUGCUCUCCGAGUGGCCAUCGAGAGGUCCGAGCAUGCUGGAGUGCUCUUUAUGGCAGCUUCAGGCAAUGACGGCCUGGACAAUGACGAGGUGCCGAAUUUCCCGGCAAACUACCCCAAUGAAAACAUCAUCUCCGUGGCUUCAACGACGCAGAAAGGAGACUUGUCUGCUUUCUCCUGUUAUGGCAAAACCACGGUAGAUGUUGCUGCUCCGGGAAGUGACAUCUACUCGACCAUACCGGGUGGAGACUAUGCGUCGCUCAGCGGCACAUCUAUGGCGACGCCACACGUCAGUGGCUUGGCCGCUCUAAUUUGGCUCUACCGGCCCGAGCUGGCGGUGAGUCAGGUCAAGGACAUCAUCCUUCGCUCGACGGUUCCAGAGAAGAGUUUAGAGAACGCUUGUGUGACUGGUGGUCGGAUCAAUGCUCGCCGUGCCAUGGGCCUGGCUUCGAUUUACCCAGCACCAAGGCCCCCAAUCCACGCGCCUAAGCAGGUUCUUUUUGCCGACAUAAACCCCGGUGUUGGCCGCAUCGGCGGUAGUGUCAUCAUUUCUGCCCCAGACGAUCAAAGCGACAUCGAGUACUAUGGUGUGCACUUCCUUUCCUCGGCUGGUGUUCUCAUGGAAAGCAUCGGAAAGGCCAAUGUCUCCGGUCACAAAACUUUGAGCAUCAAGCUGGACAACUUGACGAUUCCAUUGUUUGCCAAGGGCAUGGCGGCGGUUGCAGCAAAUAGUAGUGGGAGGAUGCCAGUCACAGCAGCUGCGGUAUUGGAGAUUGAGGACUACGGUGUGCCGGAGGCUGGCCCAGAGGAUGUGUCAUUCGGUGGUGACGCAGAUCCCGUUGCCGGCAAAGUGGGCGGCAGCAUCAAGAUCCGUCGGGCAUGCAAUGAGAGAACCGUAAGCCACUACAACAUCUAUUGGCAGCAUGCUUCCGAGCGUGGCGACCUGCUUGGCUCGGUUCCAGCAAUUGGAUAUCUCUCCCCUUCAUGCACAGGUGACUGCUCAUUGCUCAACAUGAGCUAUGAGAAUGGAAAGCACCUCUAUCACCGUGAUGCUUACGGCAACAACGAGCUUGCAGUGAUUACCUUCAGUGGCCCUGCCACCGUGAAAAUCACAAGCUUUUUGACAGAGAGCUACUACGACUACUUGGAAAUUGCCGGGACACAAAUAAGUGGAACGGAUUUGGAGCUUCCUAAAGUCAUUCAUGUGCCAAGGGGAGAUCAGACACUCACGUGGCUCAGCGACCACAGCGAGGGCGAAGGUGGCUGGAGCCUGGAGUUAUGGCAGGAUGGUGAGGAAGCACGAUUUGCUCUGCCAAGCUCAAGGCUUUCAAGCGCUGAUAUUAAAGUCGUGUCGGCUUACGGCCGGACAGAGCUCUCCUCAGAGGCCAUGUCGUGUCCGAUAAACGACUUUGAUGCCAACUCCAUGCCGCCCUCUAGAGCAUACCUGCCUGAUUCCGUGGAGUUCAACGAUGAAAAUGUGGAGGAAGGCGUCAUAAGCGGAGCGAUCAAAUUGAGGCUGCCGGAGGUCCGUCUGCAAGGCAUCGUCUCGUCCUAUCGCGUGCUGCUCGCUGACAAGGCCGGUGUCGAAAUCCCGGGUUUCAGUUGGACCAAAGACCUGGACCACGAGACCACGGAUACUGUGCGAGUACAGUUGCCUGGAGAAGGCUUGCAAGUGCCAGAUGCGGCUGCUUCCGUGGUUGUACAUGCUGUGAAUCCGUCCGGGGUGAGCGCGGCGACUAAAUCUACCAAGCUUAUGGACAUUGUCCGGAGUGUGCCGGUCUUUGCCAAUUUCUCUGGCGAUGAAGACCCCGUCGAAAAUCAAAUCAAGGGUACCGUGACCAUUCUGCCAGCUGCGAAUCCAAAAAACAUUAUUGCAUACACGGUUUACCUCUCCACAGGCGAUCAGAAGGUAUCUUUGAUUGGACGGGUAGCCGCAAGAAAGCCAGGAGUGGUGCGAUAUGCUUUGCAUGCAGCCUUCAGACCUGGACAGAGUCUCAUGGUUGUGAGUUCGUAUGCAGACAAGGAUAUGGAGCAUGGGGUCGUUAUCGCUGUUGAGGACUUUGUCGAAUCCUUUGCUGGCUACGGUUGGUACGGCUGGGGGGGAUAUGGAGACAGCACUCGGAACUCAGGGGUCACUGGCGGCAACCGUCGAUUGGACAGGGGCGGAAGGGUUCAGGAGCCGUGGCUGAAGCACGAUCGUAAACCUGGCGCAGGUGAUGUUCAGCCGCUUUGGUCUGCAACCGACUCGCGAACCCUUCCACUUCCCGUCUCAAACGCUGGUCGCAUGCCUCUUGGCAACAGGCAAGGCAUUUUUGGCACGGUCACAAUUCCGGGCUUUCUUAAGCCGAUCAAGUUGCAGACCGACGGCCAGGAUCAGUUUGUUCCACCCAGCGUCCGAGAGAGACGGAUUAUUGGUGAAGUCUUGUCCGAAUCGCUGCCUGGAGUGCAGCAUGGACAAGUUAAGCUCACACUAGGACGUGCCUUUAAGGAUGCAUCCGCUUUGCCUGGAGUGGGCUCUGAUCAGCCAGCCGUGCGGGUGAUGCCGAGGGCAGCAAGCCUUGUGGUUGACUUCGAAGUCCUCGCUCCCCGGCUGGAGCCAGAAGCCUUGCAGCAAUUCUUUGAUCGGGUGGAGGCCAAGCUAAUCCUGCUCAGCGGCGCAGGAGCGGCAACUGCUCGCCUGUCAUCUGCAUUAGCGAAACGCCUGGAGCCGUUGGGGUACCAAUUUGCCGCAGGAUUUCAAGUCUUCAUGGGGGAGCCACAGCAAGUAACACCAAAAACGCAACCAGGUCGCCUGCUUCAGGAGGCCCAUGAAAUGGGGGAGGCGUCCAAGAAACAACAUGUACAGACAGCUUGGACAACAUCCGCUCUUGUGUUCUUGAUGUCCGUGGCUGGAUGGGCGGCCUUUCUGGCAAUGGCUGUGGGCCGUGCCAGACGAAUUAAGAAUGGGAGUGAAGCCGACGCAGCCUUGGAAUCUGUACAAGUGCACAACGCUGACAGGGCAACCGGCUGA